AACCCAAAUCGAACGUUCGCUGGGAAGGCACACCUGCCACCCACCCAACUUAACGUUGUACCUUUCCCGUCACCCUCCCCCGCCCCUCCCACAGAUUCCCCCCCAAUUGACCGAGAUCAGGGCGGGGACCUGCAACAGUACCUGGCCAGCAACAGUCCCCGCAGGCGGGUGUGACAUCAAUGGCUGGAUCGAUGUCUCAAAUCGGAGGCACCACCCCCCCAACGGAAAGCGCGCGCACACCUGCAAAAGAGCACCCUCAAGAAGGAUUCUUCUGUCCUCUCUCUCCAUGGGAUGCCAGCGAGAAGCCGCUGUUGUCUCUGCCCCGCGAUGCACCAAGCGAUACCCACCGUUGAUGGCAUCCCCGUGGUGCACUUCUCCGCUCCGGCGCCGCCCGCUGAAAACAACGCAACGGACGCGAAAACGCUCGAGACCGCCCGCGAUGCUGUCGGCCCCGCUCCGUCCCGGCUGUGGCUCCGCAUGUCGGCCGCGUGGUGGAGGUCACUGCAGUACGCCGGCAUGACCCUGCACUUCCUGGCGCCUCAGCGGCCGCCCAGCCCGAGCUUCAGCAAGACCAUCCCCUCGACGAUUUCGAAGGUUAAGGGCGAGUUCACCUUGCAAUUCUAUGUCCCACGCGGCUAUGAGGCGGCAGUGGCAGGCCGGACGAGCGCCAAAUUUCCCGCCGUCGUCAACCUCCACGGCGGCGGCUUCACCAUCGGCAACGCGACCGACGACGCCCGCUUUGCCCGCUUCGUCCUUGACACGUGCAACGCUGUCUUCGUGAGCGCGGACUACCGCCUCAGCCCCGAGCAUCCAUUUCCCGUGGCUGUGGAGGACGCAGCAGACGCCUUACUGUACCUGAUCCGGUUCGCUCCUGAGCUACAUAUUGACCCCUUCAAGCUCGCCGUAUCGGGGUUCUCAGCGGGCGGCAACCUUGCCAUUACUUCCACGCUGUGCCUGGCCGACCACGUCAAAUCAGCGAGGAAGUCCGGUCGGCACAUCCCGGCCCACCGCAUCCGGGCGGUCGCAAGCUGGUACCCCAUCACUGACUACACGCUCCCGCGCGCCCUGAAGCGGGCCCGCUCAACCCGGCCGGACCAGACCCUGCCGGAGACUCUCACGUCCCUGUUCGACGCGGCAUACCUCCACCCUCCAGACCUACCGCUCUCGAGUCCCUACUUGUCGCCCAGCAAGGCGAUGGACGAGCACCUGGCGGAGGCGAUACCGGAGACCGUGAUUCUGUACACGUGCGAGUGGGACAUGCUGCAGCAGGAGGGCGAGGAGUUUGCGAUGCGGCUGGGCAGAGAGCCGAUCAACAAGGUCGUGAGGUACAAGAUGGUUCCCGGGGUGCCGCAUGCAUGGGACAAGAGUCCCGACCCGACGAAGCCGGCCGAGUUUUCGGAGGAGCUGUACCGCGAGUGUUGUGAGCAUCUACGCGACGCUUUUGCGAGUGCGUGAUGCAACAAAGAUUUCGACGGCGUACAAGUUAUCCAGCUGAAGAUUCAAUUCCUGAUACCCCCCACCCCUUCCCCCGCCCCAUCUCCUUCUCAAACAUCGUGAAACAAACCAAGCUACCCAAAAAUUCCAAAGCUCAAGCCCUGCGUCCCUAUACCCAAGGAAAACCUCAACCUCUCCAUCCCGAGAAAAUUCACAUCCAAUGGUGCA